CGUCCUUGUGCCGUAGUAUAUAAGCCGCGGUGACCAGGGUAAUGCACAGGUCUCCACCGACUUCAGUCAUUCAAUCAUGAAGGUCUUGGUUGUGUUCGUUGCCGUCGCCUGCCUGGCCCAGUCCGCUCUCAGCUCUUGGGCUGGCUACUACCCUGGAGCCCACGGUGGCUAUCACGGUGGCUACGCACCCACUGGUGGGUACCACGGCCCUCUAGCCGCACCAGUCGUCACCCCAUCCGGCUUCUUGGCCGAUACCCCUGAAGUCGCCGCUGCCAAGGCCGCUCAUUUCUCCGAGGUCGCCAAGGCUUCCGGUGCUGCCGCCGCUGGUCCCGCUCACGGUUACGCCGGUGCCGGUUACGCCGGUGGCUACGCCGGUGCCGGUUACGCCGGAGCCUACCACGGACCCCUCGCCCGCCCCGUCGUCACCCCCUCCGGUUUCCUCGCCGACACCCCUGAGGUCGCCGCCGCCAAGGCCGCUCACCUGUCCCUCGUCCACGGAGCCGGUCACGGCGCUUGGGCCGGAGCCGGAGCUGGUGCCUGGGCCGGUGCUGGACACGGAGCCUGGGACGAUGGCAGCUACCACGGAGAAGGUGCCUGGAACGGUCACGAUGACGCCAGCCAUUAUGACGAUGGCUCCUACAAGCCCCACCUGUACGAGCACGGACACUACUAAUGCCACUUCAUGCUGUAGAUAGACCAGAGCUCUGAGACCCGGCUGGGUUUUUCACAGCAGUGAUAAUACAAUCGUGAUGUAAAUAUAAUCUUCAAAUGUAAAAAAUCACCAGAAAUGGUACCAAAAAAUUUUUAUACUGAAGUCAAAUAUACGUUAUUUUUGUACGUAAAACCGAAAA